UCGAAGGUCGCAACUCGCCUAUCGGAAGGUUUGUGAUUAGUGAAAGGCGCAUUCCGAAAGAGUUGGCGAGCUGUUCAACAUGAAAAAGAGUUUCAUAUUUGUCUUCCUGGUCCUAACGCACAGAUUGUCAACGCAAGAUGACGAAAAUGUGUAUUUAAAAUUUCCGAUUGGAUUGAAAAUCGGCGUCGGCGGAGCAGCCUACCAAAUCGAAGGAGCUUGGAAUAUCAGCAACAAGGGUGAGAGCGUCUGGGACAAUUUUGUGCACAACAGGCCAUGGAAGAUCAAGGAUCAGAGUAACGGCGACACAGCCUCCAACUCCUAUCACAAAUACAAGGACGAUGUGAAAAUGGUCAAGAGGCUGGGACUCGACUAUUACCGACUCUCGAUAAGUUGGGCUCGCGUACUCCCCAAUGGAUCAGCAGACUCGAUCAACCGAGAAGGUAUUCAGUACUAUCACAAUUUGAUUGAUGAGCUAGUAGCCAACGGCAUAGAACCUAUCGUGACCAUGUACCAUUGGGACCAUCCCCAAGUUCUGGAGGAUAUGGGAGGUUGGAUGAACGAGUCGAUGGCGACGUGGUUCGCGGAGUACGCGGAAGUACUCUACAGAGAACUGGGACCAAAGGUCAAGACUUUUCUGACCAUCAACGAGCCGCAAAUCCUCUGUUUCCAGGGAUACGGCAGCGGCAUUAUCGCGCCAGGUAGAGAUUUGGGCACUGCCGGAACGUAUACGUGCGGGCAUAACAUGUUGAAGGCUCACGCAAAGGCGUAUCGCUUGUACGAUGAGAAGUAUCGCUCUAUCCAAAACGGAAAGCUUGGCAUUGUCUCCCAUUGCGAUGGAUACUUGCCUGAGACUGAAGGUGAAACGUUACCCUUGGAAUUAGCUUACCAAUUCAGAUGCGGCUGGAUAUCUCACCCUAUAUUCGUUGGCGAUUAUCAUCAGGUAAUGAAGAGUAGGGUGGCCCAAUUGAGCAGGGAUGAAGGCUUGUCGGAAUCUCGACUUCCACAAUUUUCCCCCGAAUGGAUACGAUACAUAAAGGGCACAGCGGAUUUCUUUGGUCUCAAUCACUACACGUCAUUCCUCGUGGGGUUUCCAACAACUACAAAACAAAAUGGUUCGUUUGUGCUUCACGAUUCGGGCCUAUUAGUAAGAAGUGAUCCGAGAUGGGAGGCUGGAUCGUUGAAAUGGAUUCAUAUUAUUCCAGAGGGCUUCAGCUCGUUGCUGCGAAAAAUUAAAAGCGAGUAUAACAACCCACCUGUAUACAUUACGGAAAAUGGAUUUUCGGACAAUAAUAAAGUGCAGGAUUACCAACGAAUAAAGUAUCACUACUUGUACUUAAAGGAGCUCUUACAAGCCGUAAAACGUGACGGUUGUAACGUUCAGAGAUACACGUUCUGGAGUUUAUUGGACAAUUUUGAAUGGAGUAGUGGUUACCAGCACACCUUCGGGCUUAUUAACGUUAAUAUGACCAGUCCAGGGCGCGAGAGAACCCCGAAGCUUUCGUUCACCUGGCUGCAAAACGUGAUGCGUAUGAGACAACUGCAGCUGCCAAUUCCGUCGCCCUCCGUCAACACGACGACGAAUCAUCAAUGAAUAUGGUUUCGCAGCGCAAGAAAAAAUACUGGAUGAUUCACUAAAUACUGCCUUACAUCUUUAAUUAAGAAUCCCGUGGA